CUUUGCGCACGCGCAGGGGGUAGCCUUCGGGUUUUGCUGGGGCGCAAGUUAAUUCAUGUUAACGCAUCUAUACCGGAAUCAUGCUUUUUUUUCCAUAUUCAUGACAGGUUGUGCUAUCUUUAUCUUGUGUUGGGUGCGGGUGUACCUGGGUCAGUGGGCUCUGGUGCGUGUACCUUUGCACCCAACGCACCUGUGAUGAUUUGCUAUGGCGAUCAGUUCAUGUCGGUAUCACAUGACAAAGGCUCAGUGACAGCUUCAUCUUCCCUUAUUAGUUAACUUCCAUUUGUCUUCAUAAAUGGUUUUGCAGGUUUACAGAAGAUUUUGAUUAGAAGAUGGAAUCUCCUUGUUGGAUUUGCAGGUUUGCAGAAAAUCUUCAUUAGAAGAUCCAAGAUCCUUAUUGGAAUGAGGCUUCAGCGUGAUUCAUGGUAUUAAGACAGUUGUGACCCACCAACAAACUUGCAAGUGGCAGCUAUGAAAAGCAGCAGCCGCAACAGGGAUCACAUAGCUGAGGGUGAAGGAACUGGAAAGCGGCCAAAGAGAAAGUGUCUUCAGUGGCACCCACUGCUUGCUAAAAAGGCUGUUGAGUUUUCUGAAGAAGAGGAGGAAGAUGAAGAUGAGGAAGAAGUGGAUAAGGAUCAACUUAUAAAUGCAGAGGGUCUGGAGCAGGAUGUUGAGGAGACUGAAGAUGAUGAAUCAUCAGAACAUCGAGCUCGCAGACCUAUGAAUGCUUUCCUCCUUUUCUGCAAACGUCAUCGUUCACUUGUGCGUCAGGAGCAUCCUCGCCUAGAUAAUCGUGGUGCUACCAAAAUACUCGCUGAUUGGUGGGCAGUUCUUGACCCAAAGGAAAAGCAGAAAUACACAGAUAUGGCCAAGGAGUAUAAAGAUGCUUUCAUGAAAGCCAACCCUGGGUACAAGUGGUGUCCUACAACGAACAAGCCUGUGAAGACACCUUCACCGAUUGCCUCUACGAGGAAGAAACUGUGGACCUUCUCACCUGAGCCACUCAAGGACUGUUUCACAACAGAGAAAUAUCUGAAGCCUGAAGAGGUACCCCAGCUAAAUUUUGGUAUGGCAGAUCCAACACAGAUGGGAGGACUAAGCAUGCUGUUGUUAGCUGGAGAACACGCUCUAACAUCACAAGAGAUUUCAUCCCAUACAUCUUCACCUGACUCAGGUAGUCAUUUUGUACGAUCAGCACUAGAUCAUCUUACAGAGAUUUCUUCAUGUUCAUCUUCAUCCGAAUGUGGAGCCCACUGUGUGAAACCAGCAGAUCAACUUGCAGAGGUUGUCUCUCAUACACCUGUACCCAGCACUACAGACAAUGGCAAAAAUCUAACUGUGUGUCAGCAGUCAGAGGUUUUGCCAAGUUCACCACAUUCAAAAAGCCCAGAUACUUCCAAGCCAUGUGGAGCAUCAGCACUUUUUCAGCUUGCUGAGAUGUGUUUGGCUACAGAAGGAGUUAAAAUAAAGAAAGAAAAAGAAGAGACAGUUGGCUGUCUACAACUUUCUGGACAUUCAGCAGUUACUGGCAUAUCUGAUGUCAGGAACAUUAAAAAAGAACAUUUCUGCACUUCAGUCCCUUGUGCCACUGGCAUCAGCAUAGACAAUACAUUAGGACACAUUAAAACGGAGAAAGCUAAGAAAAAAAAGAAAAAAAACAAGAGCAUCUUGAAUAAGGUAGACAGAAUAAACACUAAGAAAGGUUGCAAGAAGAGAAAAUCUUCCGAAUCUGAUAUAGAAAGUGUCAUUUAUACCAUUGAGGCAGUUGCCAAAGGGGACUGGGGGGCUGAGCAGAAUGUAGAAAGACCACGAAAAAAAAUAUGCUUCUUCCCCAGUGCCAAAGGGAGUUUGUUAGAUGCAAGACUGCUGAAGAAAAGAAUAAAACCAAAGUUGAAGAAGUUGAAAGAAAAAACUUUUGAACCCAUUUAUGAGCCAACAUCACCUGAAUCUCUCAGUGUUCCCACAAGUCCACUGAUAUUAAAGUCUUUAGAAGGCAUAACGCAUGAUCCAUCCUCUCUUGGGGAGAACAGGCAACCACCUAAUGUGCUGGAACAUGUGAAAACUGAGGAAGUGGAAGACUGUAAAAAGGCAGAAGCAGGUGGUUCGCGCAAAUCUGAAAGGUCUUGCAAAGGUGCUCUUUACAAAACCUUAGUUUCUGAGGGCAUGCUGACAUCUUUGCGAGCUAAUGUUGACAGAGGUAAAAGAACUGCAGGAAAAGGUGGCUGCUCUGGCCUUGAGGGAUGUUGGAAUGAUGAGAUCUGGGUUUUUCCACAAAGUAUCGCAUGUGGUAAAAAGUUCAAGAAGUCUAAAGCAAAAGAAGAAGCAACUCAUGGCCUAGGGAAACUAGAAGAAGAGUUUGAAAAGAAGUUCAACAGCCUUCCACAGUACAGUCCAGUCACAUUUGACCGUAAAAACACAUUAGCACGGAAAAAGAAAAAACUUGGAAACAGGUCAUCAGAUCAGCAAAAAUCUGUUAAAGCCAUAGUUACACACGACACAAAUUGUGAGCAUGUGCAGAGAUACAGCAUCAGUUUAUCUUCUGGCAUCAUAGAUCCCGUGCAGUCAUUCACACAAGAGCCCUUAGUUGGCAGUCAGAAGAGAAAAGCACGGAAGACUAAGAUCACACAUCUGGUACGAACAGCAGAUGGCCGGGUGUCUCCAGCAGAAGAAGAAAAAGCAAAGGAAGUGCUACAGAUCAUUCAAGAAUCAUCAGAGACAGAAGCUGUCUCCAUUGAAGAGUACUCUAGAACCACCGAGAGCCAGCAAGUUCAUGGCAUUUCACCUGACAUGCCAACCAUGUCUGCAUUCUUUAGCCUUGCUGCUUUGGCAGAAGUGGCAGCAAUGGAAAAUGCACAAAGAACCCAGCGAUCUGUGCCACUUUCUCAUGAUGGACAGCCAAAAGAAAGAUCUCCAGUGCUCAUCUCCUGUGCUGAUCAGUGAAACUACAGUUUACUGUAGAAUUUCGCACUCUACCAUAAUAUCCUAGCCACGUCUUUGCAUUUGAAGGAUAGUCCAUAUUAUAAGUUUUGACUGCAAGCAAAAGUGACCUUGGCCGUUUCAUGUGGCUGGGAUUGUUUGAAUAAGGUGGAAAUUUCACAUAUGCCUUUCAGCUGGCACAAAGAAUUCAGAUAUUUUUUUUCUGAAUUAAAAAAAAAAGAAAUCUAUUUUUCAGACCAAGCCAGACUGAUUUCAGUGCUUUCACUUUCCACUGAAGGCUUUUACUGAAUAGGUGAUUGUUCCAUAAAAAAGAAAAGACUGCCUCUUUUGUGGCUUUGAAAUGUUUCCUGUCUUUCCAUAUGGAGUGUGUGCUGCUAGAUUCCUCCAUUAGCUAACUGAAUAACACUGAGGCACUGCACUAGUUUUUAAAUUAUAUUUUCAUUUUAUGUAUGUGAAGAAUUAUAUUUUAUGGUUUAUAUGAAA